AGCUGCCCUUCAGCGCCAUCAACCUUUGCAUUCUUAUUCUCGAUUUCGCGUCUCCCUCCUUUCCCUCUCUGCUCCUUCAAAUCAUUUGAGCUUGCUCACGCCCAGCUAGGCCUAUCUAUCAAUCAUCUUCAGGACGAAUAAAAAAUGUCUGUUAAAUUCGAUAAGGUGGUCACUCAUACGACGGAGAUUGUGAAAGAUAAAGUGAAGGAUGAUUUGCACAGAGUGGGAAACAGGCUGACGGGAGGGAAGUCAACGACUGGAUACCUGGCGGCAUACCUGCAGCAACUCCAAUCCAAUCCUCUGCGAACUAAGAUGCUCACAUCUGGAACCUUAUUCGCGCUUCAAGAGUUCCUGGCUUCGUGGAUCGCGCAUGAUCGCAGCAAGCAUGGCCACUACCUAAACUCUAGAAUACCCAAGAUGGCGCUGUACGGCUCGUUCAUCGGCGCUCCCCUAGGCCAUGUCCUCAUUAGCAUCCUCCAAAAGCUGUUCUCCGGCCGCACCAGCUUGAAAGCUAAGAUCUUGCAGAUUCUCGUCAGCAACCUGAUCAUCUCCCCGAUCCAAAAUUGCGUUUACCUCGCUUCUAUGGCGAUCAUCGCUGGUGCGCGAACAUUCCACCAAGUUAAGGCCACUGUGAAGGCUGGCUUCAUGCCCGUCAUGAAAGUCAGCUGGGUCACCUCCCCGCUAUCCCUGGCAUUUGCCCAGAAAUUCCUUCCGCCACACACCUGGGUUCCCUUCUUCAACAUCAUCGGUUUCGUCAUCGGUACAUAUAUCAAUGCCCAUACCAAGAAGAAGAGACUGGAGGCUUUGAGACGUAAGCAUUACGGAUCUGGGAAAAGUGCAUCGGGCCGGUCCGAUGACUACCCACCAAGACAUGAUUGAAUACCUGAAUACGAGAACUACGGCUGCGAUAGCUAUUCAAAUAGGUCUCUCUAUCUACAUCUAUUUGAGUUCUCGCCCAUUAGGCUUAUUUCUUCGGUUUCUUCUCGACCGCGGAUGUUGAUGUGAAUGAACCAUAUUUUGACAGGGAAUGCGGAUGGGUUUUCUUUUCUUUUUCUUUCCUUUCCCUUCCUUCCCUUCUUCUUGGAGCAUAAUAGCUUGGCCCCAGAUACUUGAGAGCAGUUUUUUUAUCUUCUGGAUAGAAGAAGAGGGAGAAUGGAGAAGGCCCCUGGUACCCCUCUGAAAGUUAAUGAAAUUUUAUAUAUAUACCACAUGAUUAUUUUAGUGUGUACAGUCUCUACUCCAUGCACUCACCUAUGCUCGGGGGUUUUUUUUUCUGUGCUGAAUAUUUGUCUAAUCGUCUCAACCACACUUAUUGUCACCGUUUCUAUUAUUUAUUUUAUUUUUGCUUUGUUGUCUCCCUGCUUCUGUUAGAAAUAUUGCUAUAUAUCCUCUGACAAAUUUUCAUGAGAU